AUGGACAAUGGAAUGUUCCCUACUUUUAUCAUGAUCAAAAACUUCUUCCUUCUCUGCAUUUCCAUAAAUUUAGCCAGUCACUUUGGCUUCUCACUAAUGCCAACAGCUUCAGGGAAAGAUGACACCAACGAUAAUAUUACCAUAUUCACCAGGAUCUUGGAUGGCCUACUGGAUGGCUAUGAUAAUAGAUUGCGCCCAGGACUGGGAGAGAGAAUAACUCAGGUGAAAACAGACAUCUACGUUACCAGUUUUGGUCCAGUGUCAGACACAGAAAUGGAAUACACGAUUGAUGUUUUUUUCCGACAAAGCUGGAAAGAUGAAAGACUUCGAUUCAAAGGACCGAUGCAACGCCUCCCUCUUAACAAUCUGCUUGCCAGCAAGAUCUGGACCCCAGACACUUUCUUCCAUAAUGGUAAAAAAUCUAUAGCUCACAACAUGACAACACCGAACAAACUUCUACGCCUUGAAGAUGAUGGCACUCUACUCUAUACCAUGAGAUUGACCAUUUCUGCUGAAUGCCCCAUGCAGCUCGAAGACUUCCCCAUGGAUGCACAUGCUUGCCCGCUAAAAUUUGGAAGCUAUGCUUACCCCAAUUCUGAAGUGAUCUACGUCUGGACUAAUAGCACCGCUACAUCUGUGGUGGUUGCAGAAGAUGGUUCACGACUUAACCAGUAUCAUCUGAUGGGACAGACUGUAGGAACUGAAAACAUCAGUACCAGUACAGGUGAAUACACUAUUAUGACAGCACAUUUUCACCUGAAAAGAAAGAUUGGUUAUUUUGUCAUCCAGACGUACCUUCCAUGUGUUAUGACCGUGAUCUUAUCACAAGUGUCCUUUUGGCUAAACAGAGAGUCUGUUCCUGCUAGAACUGUCUUCGGAGUAACUACAGUCCUUACCAUGACCACCUUAAGUAUCAGUGCCCGCAACUCCUUGCCAAAAGUGGCCUAUGCGACUGCAAUGGACUGGUUUAUAGCUGUGUGUUACGCCUUUGUAUUUUCUGCGCUGAUUGAAUUUGCAACAGUCAACUAUUUUACAAAGAGAAGCUGGGCAUGGGAUGGCAAAAAAGCUUUGGAAGCUGCAAAAAUCAAGAGAAAAGAGCGUCAAUUACUAGGAAACAAAUCAAUUAAUGCUUACAGUGCUGGAAGGACAGCCCCCACACCAAACGUACCAAAGGACUCAGCCCCAUCAGUCAUCUCAAGCGCUGCAACUGUUGCAGUGAAAUCUGCAGAAGAAAAGCCUGCUGAAAGCAAAAAGACUUAUAACAGCAUCAGUAAGAUUGACAAAAUGUCCCGAAUAGUUUUUCCAGUAUUGUUUGGAACUUUUAAUUUAGUCUAUUGGGCCACAUAUUUGAAUAGGGAACCUGUUAUUAAAGAUGCUACUUCUCCAAAAUAA